UCAGGCCGAUGAGCACCGAAGGGCGAGGACGACGAUUGCGACGAUGAGAUCCUCAACUUUGCAGGGUUACCAUGUCUGCCUACGGUGCGAUCGCAGCACGCGAGGGCGCCGCCUUGCCCUCUACGUUGUGGGCGCUCCGCAAACCUACCGCUGAUGGCAAGACGCAUGUCACCGUCCAUCAUCUCACCCUGAAGACUGCGCGCGAAUUUCCCGGCUUGCCCGAGUAUCUCUGCAAGGUCUUCGGCGAUGAGCUGGAGAGGGGCUUGACGUACCCUCAGGAGGGUCCAAUCACUCAAGCUGCUUUCGAAGCGUACUUCUUCGCGGCCGAUGUGUUUGUGGCGGUACUGCAGGGCGACGAGCCCGUGGCUGCUUCAAAUAAGCCCGGCAGCGCGGUGGAUGUAGAUGUUGCGAAGGCGGCGGCCGGACGGAGAUGGGAGGACUGUCUCGUCGGUUACUACUACGUGAAGCCCAAUUAUCCUGGGCGGUCGUCGCACAUCUGCAACGCCGGUUUCGUCGUACCGCCUCAGCACCGCGGCGGGGGCUUCGGCGUCGUCCUCGCCGACACUUACCUGCAUUAUGCGCCGAAACUGGGGUAUCAGGCCAGCGUGUUCAAUCUCGUCUACGUGAACAACGUCGCAUCCAUACGGCUCUGGGAACGCCUGGGCUUCACGAAGGCGGGACGCAUCCCCCGCGCCGGGCGUUUGAAGCGCGCGGAUGGCAACGGGGAAGAGUACGUCGACGCGUGGGUGUUUUACAAGAGCUUCAUCCAGGAUGGAUCAGCGCCCGAGGGGUCGUAGGCGAUUUAUAAGUAGAGGAACGUUGUCAAUUGUAUGGAUAAUGCAGAACAUGUUGGGCACGAGUCCCGGGCGCGAUAUUCAGCACGCGCUGAUGCCUAUUCACGGAAGACCAGUGGUCCUCGACCUAUAGCAGGCUUCUGGUCCCUUUCACGACGCUGCAUGUGUGCAGUCAGG